AUGAUUCUCUACUCCCAGAAUUUGAAAGUUUCCAGUGUGCUACUUAUGCCUGCAGGCCGACUUUUCUCAACUGGUUCGUCCGAGUGCUGGGACAAACCUGCAGAGGCGGCGGCGAUGCUUUCGAGCACCCAGGCAGCGGCUGCAGAAUGCGAGGACGGAGAACUGCGGUGCCAUGUGGCUGUGGAGGAGCUGAGCCCCGGUGGGCAGCCGCGAAGGCGCCAGUCCCUACGCACGGCGGAGCUGAGCCUGGGUCGUAACGAGCGCGGCGAGUUGAUGCUGAGGUUGCAGGCGCCAGGGCCCGCUGGGCGGCCGCGCUGCUUCCCCGUGCGCGCCGCGCGCCUCUUCACCCGCUUCGCUGCAGCCGGGCGCAGCACUCUGCGGUUCCCCGCCGACAGCACUCCCCGGGCCAGCGCCGUCCAGCUGCUGCUCUCCGAUUGCCCCCCGGACCGCCUGCGCCGCUUCCUGCAUACGCUGCGCCUCAAGCUGGCUGUAGCCCCGGGUCCCGGGCCGGGCUCCGCCCGCACGCAGCUGCUUGGCCCGCGGCCCCGCGACUUCAUCAGCAUCAGCCCGGUGCAGCCCGAGGAGUUGCGGCGCGCGGCGGCCACCAGGGUCACGGAUACCAGGCCGGUGAAGCGGCCCACGGAACCUCCGGCGGGAGCCAAGCCCCGCACCGAAGUUGCAAGGUGGCCCCUGCCUGUGAAGAGGCUGAGAUUGCCCCCCACCAAACCAGAGCUUUCCAAGGAACAGGCUGCUGUCCUGAGGGCUGUCCUGAAAGGCCAGAGCAUUUUCUUCACUGGAAGUGCAGGGACGGGGAAGUCUUACCUGCUGAAGCGUAUCCUGGGCUCACUGCCUCCCACGGGCACUGUGGCCACUGCCAGCACUGGGGUGGCAGCCUGCCACAUCGGGGGUACUACCCUCCAUGCCUUUGCAGGCAUUGGCUCGGGCCAAGCUCCCCUGGCCCAGUGUGUGGCCCUGGCCCAGCGGCCCGGUGUGCGGCAGGGUUGGCUGAACUGCCAGCGGCUAGUCAUUGAUGAGAUCUCCAUGGUGGAAGCGGACCUGUUUGACAAGCUGGAGGCCGUGGCCAGAGCUGUCCGGCAGCAGAAUAAGCCAUUCGGAGGGAUCCAGCUCAUCAUCUGUGGGGACUUCCUGCAGCUGCCACCUGUAACCAAGGGAUCCCAGCUCCCACAGUUCUGCUUCCAGGCCAAGAGCUGGAGGAGGUGUGUCCAAGUGACCCUGGAACUGACUGAGGUGUGGAGGCAAACGGACAAGACCUUCAUCUCUCUACUGCAAGCUGUGCGGCUGGGCAGGUGCUCAGAUGAAGUCACCCGCCAGCUCCGGGCCACAGCUGCCCACAAGGUGGGGCGAGAUGGCAUUGUGGCCACAAGGCUCUGCACCCACCAGGAUGAUGUGGCCCUUACCAAUGAGAGGCAGCUGCAGGAGCUACCAGGUGAAGUACACAGCUUUGAGGCCAUGGACAGUGACCCUGAGCAAGCCCAGACCCUGGAUGCCCAGUGUCCUGUUAGCCAGAUCCUUCAGCUAAAGCUGGGGGCCCAGGUGAUGCUGGUGAAGAACUUCGCAGUGUCUCGGGGCCUGGUGAAUGGUGCCCGAGGGGUGGUAGUCGGGUUCGAGGCCGAGGGGAGAGGGCUACCGCAGGUACGGUUCCUGUGUGGAGUCACCGAGGUCAUCCGUGCUGACCGCUGGACGGUACAGACCACUGGGGGCCAGCUCCUCAGCCGGCAGCAGCUGCCCCUGCAGCUGGCCUGGGCCAUUUCCAUUCACAAGAGCCAGGGCAUGUCCCUGGAUUGCGUGGAGAUGUCUCUGGGCCGUGUGUUUGCCACCGGCCAGGCCUACGUGGCCCUUUCCCGGGCCCGCAGCCUAGAGGGCCUCCGCGUGUUGGACUUUGACCCCAUGGUGGUUCGCUGUGACCCCCGCGUGCUGAGCUUCUAUGCUACACUGCGGCGGGACAGGGCCCUCAGCCUGGAGUCCCCAGAUGAUGAGGAGGCAACCUCAGACCAGGAGAACGUGGACCCGAACCUUUGA